CGAAAAAACUCUCUAACUCCAGCAGAUCGCAUUUAUACUUACGCUUCACAGCCAGUCUCCACGUUGAUUUAUAAUCUGUCUUGUUUAUAAAUAAUAUUCUAGAUCUAGAUCUAAACCUCUAGUUCUACUUGAAGACAAUGAAAUACUGUUCUUCAGCUUGUUGCAGUAGUUCCAAUCACAAAGAUAAAAUCAGCAAGUAUGCGGACACAGAAAUUAAUGUCUCUUUUCAUUUGUUUCCAAGAGAUGAAGUUUUGAAGGGAAAAUGGGAAAAAUUUAUUCGGCUGAAGAGCAAAUAUUUUACAAAGGCAUAUGCAAAUUCCUAUUUAUGCUCAAACCAUUUUGAGAGAAGCUGUUUCAGCAACUUCAUUGCUGUGGAAAUGGGCUUUGAAAAAAAAUUGAAGUUAAUAUCAUGUGCAGUACCAACAAUACAUUGGAUUUCCAGGCCAAAGGCAAAGAAUUCAAUAAUUAAUGAUAGUGAUAGAUCUACUACUGAGACUUAUUCUGGCUCAAAAAGAAAAUCUAAGGCAUUAGUGAAACGUAAUGCACUGAAGCGAUUGAAAAGUCUAAUCAACGAUAAUGCAACUGUAGUACUUGUACCUGAGACUACUGAGAGUGAUUUAACUAGUGUCUCAGAGGUAGCUACUGUGGCUGAUCCAGUGAAACUACCAGUAUAUCAUAUGUGUACAUCUAUACAGACAGACACAUUUGAAACCGGAAACAAAAAAGUGCAGUGCAAUAUACAAUCACAUAAAAGAAGUAAAUAUACACAAUGUUGUAUGACAAUCAUGAAAGAUACUGGUACCCAGACAGAGAUGUAGCUAUGGACAUUCUAUAAAGAUUGGUAUGAGCCUGGAAUUGAGGAUUAUGAAAGUGUGUGCAAAAUAUCUCCAAUACACCAAACAGCUGCUCUGGAAUCAUUCUACAGUCUUGUGAUAAAAUUUGCACCAAAGCACACUGCUUUUUCUUAUUUAGGAAUGCAAAGCAG